UUGAUGUUGUGAUUUGUAUCGAAAGUUGUGUUUUGAAUUAGUGUCGGCGAUUCAUGAUCGGUCGCGAUGUUAUUGUGUGAAUCUAAUCGGAAAGUGGAUAUGUGAUGGUUUUACCAUGGUGUUCAGUGAAGUGUCGUUGUCGUGUCGUAAGUUUCGGUAUAACGUGAGUGAAAGUUCGUUGUUUUCGCAGCGGCGGGGUGUUGGCAAGUUGAAAAGUCACUGUGGCUGUGCCUAACAUGGCUGCUACUGAAGCUGAGCCCCAGCUAAACGAGGUGAACCGUGAUUCCGUUCAACAGGAGCAGCCCUCGGAUUUAGGAAAUGCAGCUCUUCAAAACGGAACGGUUAACAGAAACAACAGCCGUUUGAUUGAUCGGGUAAAUACCGAUGUGGGAAACGCGAGAAUCAAACAACCGGUGCCGAAUCCCCAUCCCCCAGAAAUGAAUCAGUACCGGCCCGAAUCCGGAACUAGUCUGUCUAAUAGCGAGCAAAAUUCUAAUAAUGUCGACCAAGUGCCAAUCAAAGUCUUUAAUUCUGAUAGUAAAAUGCACCCAUCCAAUUCUGAAGGUGGUGGAGAUGGUGAUCCAAACUAUCCAAAGUUGUCUCCUGAGAGUCAAAACAUGCCAAGUGGUUAUGGUCAUGCCUUUGCUUCCAGAGGAGGGCAUAGUCACCCUGACCAACAUAGUUCACCCAACAUGUCACCACUGCACGGUGGUGAAGUGCAUCAAAAUAACUCAUUCGGCCAGUUCAUCAGACACGCAUACCAAAGUUCGAAACCUAUGCCAGGCUCGCCUCGGUUACAAGGUGUAGGCCCUAACAUGGUAUCGGUCAGUGCUUUCUCCCCCCAUAACCAUCAGUCACGAUUUAUGUCAGGUCAAAGUAUAUCGCAGCCCUCAGGACCCACUCCUACUCUCAAUCAGUUGUUGCAAUCUUCUAAUCCAGUGCAAAGGUAUCAAAACAAUUUCAGUGAAUAUAGUGCGGGAAUGCAAAAAGGCGAUCAAUCACAAGGUACCCUACCGUACAAUCAAGUGUGGCCGUCGCCUCAAACAAUGGCUCCUUAUGGACCUCAACAAGGAGUGGUGAUGUUUCGAAACCAAACCACGAAUGGGCCGGGAAGAGGUGGACCUUCGCCGCAGCAACAGCAGCAAACAGGUCAGCAAGGAACGCAGCAGCCGUCGGGAGUAGGUACUCUUCAGCGAGCUUCUCCGCCUGGCCAGCAAUAUCUACCUCAAAGUGGAGCAUCCUCGCCGGGGCCCCCGCCGAAUUCUGUCAUGUACUCUCAAUCCCCUUCACAAUCCAAUAGUAAUGCGCAAUCAUCUCAGAGUGCAUUGAACCAACAGUAUCCUCCAUUUCCUCAGAAAUAUUCAUCUUCGCAGAAUGUUUCUCCUGCUGGAGCUUCUUCCAGAUCAUCGCAUCCCUCGCACCAGGUGAACCCACCUUUUAACAAUGAGGGUCAGACAGGCCAAGGACCAAGUCCAUCGCAAUCUCAGAAUUCUCAGCAGCAAAGAGGGCAGUCGCAACAGCAGCUGGCAGGCUUGCAAGCAGGUCCUGGCCAUCAGCAGCAAUCAGCACUGACUCCUCCUGCGUCAAAUAUGUCCUCUAGCGGGGCUUUUGGGUUAGGGCCAGGAGAGCAGCGGUCCUGGCCUACACAACAACAACAUCCGCCCAGUCCUAUCUCUGGGCCUGGGCCAGGGCCCCCUCAAAACUCCUCACCUGCUCCGCAGUCACCGCCUCCCGGCCAGUACCCUCCACCGUCCCCUCAACAUCAGUCACCGCAGCAUCAACAGCCGCAUCAAUCACCGCAACAUCAGCAGCCGCAGCAAUCUCCGCAGCAUCAGCCUUUCUCUUCGAGGACUCCUUCUUCGCCAAAUCCGCAUGCGCCUGAUACAGGGGAUCUGACAGGCCAGAAUAGUAAUGACAGCUGCAGUGGGAGUGGGGCUGCUGGUCCGGGCACGCCUAAUUCUCAGGGGAUGAGACCAACCCCAUCGCCGACGGGCUCCUCAGGUUCACGAUCCAUGUCCCCCGCAGUCGGUCAGCAAAACAUUCCGAUGCCCCCGCGUCCCCAAAGUGGUCAGUCAGAGGCCGGACCCCCCUCUCGUCUCAGUCACUCGCCCAUGGCUACCCAAGCAGGUGCAUACCAGCAGUCAAUAGCACCCCCACAUAUGCAUAGUUAUAAAAUUGGCGGUCCUGGAGGACCACCUUAUUCUCCUCAACCUUCUCAACAACAACAGUAUCCUCCUGGUAAUUAUGGUCCUCGGCCACCCGGACAACUUAGUAAUCUAUCACAAUAUCCAGGUUUUCCUGGGCAAAGUCCUCAGCCUAAUAAUAUGACUAGUCUACCUAAUUCACCUUAUCCGCCCAGACCUUCACCUAAUCAUGUGCCACACUCACAAUUCUCAGGGUAUCAGCAGGGCUGGGGUAUGAAUCAGAGCGGGAGUCCAGUUAGUAACCAUAUGCCACCAGCUUCAUCUGGUGGAAAAGGUGUAAACCAGCAGCCGCCUGCAUCACCUCAACAGCAGCAGGGAGUUGUGCCUCCGCAGCCACCUCAGUCACAGCAAUCACAGCCGCCACCUCACUCGCCACAGAAUCCCUCUGGUGGUCCUACUCCACGCUCUCAUACUCCUCCUCACUAUCUUAAGCAGCAUUUACAGCACAAAGUAGGUUAUGGAAGUGGAAUGCCUCCUAGUCCAGGGCCAGGCGGGUAUGGAAUGGGGCCUCCAAUGGGACCACCCCCACCGCAUAGUAUGGCCCCACCCUCUAACAGUCACCAUGACCCGAGCGGCCCACCAAUGCCCCCGCCUUCCUCAGCGUCAAGUGACUCAUCUGGAGAUCUGCAUGAAAGUCCUGUGAUACCGUCCGCUGGUGGUGGCGGCGUAACUUCAGUCGUAACGACAGGACCAGAUGGUGCUCAAAUAGAUGAAGCAAGUCAACAGUCAACUUUAUCAAAUGCCUCUGCUGCUUCUGGGGAAGAUCCAAGUAUGACACCGAAACGCAAAGAAAGUAACCAAAUUUUUCAUCCUAACACGUCGCAAGGAUUGCCACCUUGUUCGCCAGGAGCUGCUAGUAUCAAUUCUGCGCAUGAGGAUUACCCUCCAGAUAGUAGUCCAACUGGGUGGCCUCGGACUCCCGCAUCUCCAGUGUUUAACAGUCAUGUGCCGCAAGACCUGUACAGGCCAAAGGUUAAACACGAUAGCUUAAGUAAAUUAUACGAAAUGGAUGACAGUCCGGAUCGGCGAGCAUGGCUAGAUAAACUUCUGCAGUUCAUGGACGAAAGAGGAACUCCCAUUUCGGCCUGCCCGACCAUCUCCAAGAACCCCCUUGACCUCUUCCGGCUGUACCUCUUCGUUAAAGAGCGAGGGGGCUUCAUGGAGGUAUGCAAGGUGCAGUGUAGUUCUAAUGUUACAAAAAACAAAGUCUGGAAGGACAUAGCUGGUUUGUUGAAUAUCGGAGCAUCAUCUAGUGCAGCUUAUACAUUGCGCAAACAUUAUACAAAGAAUCUGUUACCUUUCGAAUGCCACUUUGACCGCGGUGGAAUUGAUCCGCAACCAAUUAUCAACCAAGUAGAAGCCUCCUCAAAGAAGAAAGGUGCUAAAAAUGCAUCCGUCCCCUCUCCAGGUAACAUUUCAGGUUCGUCCAAUUCACAAGAUUCUUUGGCAGCUUCGACAGGCGUGGGCUCAGGCUCAAUGGAUGGCUAUGGAUACGGCUAUCCUGAUUAUAACAACCAGAGACCACCCUCACAAGCAAAUCAAGGGCUUGUUAACCAUGGUGCAAGGGAUGUUAACCUGUCAAAUCCAUUUGAAGACUCAGAAAUCAAUCACAAAUACAGCUGUUAUGGUCCUCAAGCAGCUGGUAUUCAGCCAGGGUAUCAAGGUCAACCUGGGUAUCAAGGCCAGUACCCAGAGCAAUAUGCCGGACAGCAGUAUCCUCCUGGCCCAGGUUAUUCGCCGAGACCUAUGUAUCCUCCGUAUGGACAAGAUAAUGAAAGGGGUUAUUCGCCUGGAACUAAUAGUAGUCAGCCCCCUGGUCCAAAUAUGCCUCCUCAGCAGCAGCCCCCUCAGCCAAAUCAAACUCCUAACCAAGACCCAUACAGGGGCGGCAGCUACAUACCUAGUAACCAGCAGCAAAAUUAUUCUCCUAGGAGUGGAUUCGGUGGUCCCAGUCCAGGACCUCAACCUACAACUCUAUCGAAUGCUUCCUCCGCAACGCAGCAGCCUACCAGCACAACACCUACUUCCUCUGGACCCUACCCCUCCAGUGCUCCUCCCGGACAGGAUUACUAUCGACCUGACCAGAAUUACUCUGGAAACCAGCAGUCUCCUGGGGCUGGAGCUCCAUAUCCCGGUGCACCCAAUAGCAAAGUUAUGCCUCCGCCAGCACCACAGCCUAGACGCCAUCCUGAUUUUGCCACCAAAGAUCAGUCAUAUCCACCCUAUAAUCCCCAAAGACCCAUGUAUCCUGGUUGGACCGGUAGUAAUAGCAAUAGUAAUAAUCAAUUUAGAGGUACUUAUCCUGGUGGAGGUGCUCCGCCUUCAACGUGGGGGCCGAGGCCUGGCGCGCAAUCACAAGCACAAUGGGAUCAACAUAGGUUUCCAGCAUCUAAUCAGGCGUCUUACGGCCCCAUGUCACAGCAGGGUGGUCAGUGGAUCGGUACGCCAGGAAGUGGUAGAGGUUCGCCUUUAAGGCAAGAACGACCUGGAAUCCGGCCUGACUCCAAGCCUUUUGCUCAGAUGCCUCCUCCUCCCUCGCAAGCUGUCAAGCCCGGUCAAACCGGUCCUCAGCCAGCCUUGAAGAGAGAGCUAGUCUUUCCACCGGACAGUGUAGAAGCUGUUACACCUGUUGCUUACAAACGACGAAGACUGACGAAAGGUGAUGUUGCUCCAGUAGAUGCAUGGAGAAUUAUGAUGGGCCUACGCAGUGGCCUUCUUGCUGAAACAACUUGGGCAUUAGAUGUUCUUAAUAUUCUUCUCUAUGAUGAUGUGGGAGUUCAGUACUUUGGUCUAGCUCAUCUGCCUGGUCUUCUUGACAUUCUUCUGGAGCAUUUUCGAUACGCUCUCUCAGAAAUGUUAGAAAACAAUGUAUCAAAUAAUCGCCAGUGGUAUGAAAGAGCCAAAUUCAAAUCAGUCGAACCAGACCUGGGACGCGUAUGGCCGUAUCCUGACCCAGUAGACAGAGUAACUAUCCUGAAUGGAAGUGCUGACUAUACUACCAAGUCUCGGAAAGGGAGUGUUGUCACAACUGUCAACGCCGAUGAUGAAAUUUUUGUCCUGGAUGGCCGGCGCAACUGGGACCUAGAAGAAAGUGAGGAAGAUUUGGAUCUCGAGUCGAAGUACAUUAUUCCGUGUUUUAGAGGAGAGUUUGAUCUAGUGCCGUUUGUUAGGAUACUACAGGAUGUUAAAAAGGACAAGAGGGAGCGGGAGAAAAGGGAGCGGAUAAAAAGUGAUACUGAAAUUAGCAUAAAAGAAGAGGUUAGUGUGUCAAUAAAACAAGAAAUUAGUGAGCAUAGUGAACCUAGUAAUAAUAGUGAUAGUAGUAAAACAGACGAAAUAACAAGGACAAGUAACAAAAUUUUAAGUUGUAGUAGUAAAAAAGAUGUGAUUUUAGAAGAAACUAGUAAUUGUAAUACGAAAGACAGCUCAAUUUCAACCAAGUCAGAAGAAGAUGAAGAUAAGGAGCGCAUCAACGACCCAUCUGGUGUACUGAAGCGAAGACGAAUGUCCGAUUAUGAAGAUGAGAGCUAUGCACGGGACGAGUCAAGUUUAUAUCUAGUAACAGAAUCACAGGAUGCUAUUGCCAGGCGGUGUAUUAGCCUGUCGACUAUUCUUCGCAACCUGACAUUUGUUCCGGGAAACGAAACUGAAUUUUCCAAGAAUACUCUAUUUCUAAGUAUAAUCGGCAAGCUCCUACUUGUGCAUCACGAGCAUCCACUGAGAACGUACAAAGCACGCAACUAUGACCGUGAAGAGGACUCGGACUGCGCGGACUGCUGUUCCAGUCUUCAUGGUGAAUCUGAAUGGUGGUGGGAGUACUUACAGGUUCUUCGGGAAAAUGUUCUGGUGUCAGCAGCAAACAUUGCUGGGCAAGUAGACUUAGGUUCCCAACCAGAAGAUAUAUCCAGGCCGAUUUUAGAUGGGCUUCUUCAUUGGGCAGUUUGUCCAGCUGCUAUGGGUCAAGAUGGCUUUCCAACAGCACCGGAUCUCUCUCCGCAGAGGCUUGCCCUGGAGGCGUUAUGCAAAUUGUGUGUUACCGAUUCCAAUGUAGACCUCGUUGUUGCUACACCUCCGUAUUCUAGAUUAGAAAGAUUAGCAUCUGUGUUAACCAAACUCCUAUGCCAUUCAGAAGAACAGGUGAUGAGAGAGUUUGCUGUUAAUCUACUACACUACCUCUCCGCAGCAGAUAGUGGAAUGGCACGCACUAUAGCUCUACAGUCCCCUUGUGUGUCACUCCUCGUUGCAUUUAUUGAGCAAGCAGAACAAAGCGCACUUGGAGUGGCAACCCAGCAUGGAAUCAGUGCUUUGCGAGAUAAUCCGGACAGUAUGGGAACCAGUCUGGAUAUGCUGCGACGCGCAGCGAGAACCCUACUUCAUCUCUCACGUCACCCGGCCAACCGACCUCUCUUCCUCCAGCAAGAACAGCGCCUCCUAGCUUUGGUUAUGAGCCAAAUUUUAGAUCAGCAAGUUGCUGCCCUGGUCGCCCGAGUGUUAUACCAAUGUUCUCGGCCUACAUCCCCUCCAUGCUCAUAAUCUUGUCAUGGUUGGAGCUCCUUCUCACAGAGAUUCAAGCCGUAUUCCAAUUGUCUUCCUUCCGUGAUAAAUCCUGUCCUUCAGCAUCUCAAGUGAAUCUUGUGUCACUCACUUAAGACCGUGCAUGCACAAAGGGGCUUCAAUCCAUGCAGUGCUGUUAUGAUUUGAAAUAUACUAUUAUAUAUUUUGCAAUGAGCCAGAUAAACACUUUUUUUAAAUAUUUUUCUAGAAUCAAACUUUUACAUUUUAGUGUUGCAUGGAUUUCAGCCCUUUACCUAGACUGGCCCAGUUAAGAGAAUGAUAGCUAUAUAGCAUUGAAUUUACUUUCUCUGCACACUUCUGAGCUGCUACCCUGUAAAUAUGUGCCAGAUCUCAGAAUCCUAAUGCAGCUCACCUGCUGAUUCUCUGACGCAGGCAAGGUUUUUUAUUUAUAUAUUAGUGUCUGUUUAUGACAAUGACAUGGAUAUUUUCCACCAACUGAUAUAUUAUUACCUAUUAUUGGGUUUUUAGAGCUAGUCUGAGUGAAAAGAUAAUCUGCAUUUCCUCUUUUUACAUCAAGUUUAACGUAUCAGAAAUAUGUCUACAAAGAAAAAGCAGGACUGUGGCUAAAAAUCAAAUAAUUUGAAGUGGCAAGCAUUUCAAUGCUGAGAGAUGUUUUAAAUUUUACUUCAACUUAUUAACAGAGUUAUUGUUCGUAGUUUAUCUCAGUGUUAAUUUGGCCUGUUUCUGGUAUUGGAAUGCAGGUAACUUGAACUAUUCUAUCUCAUUACUUAGGUGGUAAAUCUCAUUUCACCUGCCGGCUUGUUUCAUUGCAGGCCUUGUCUUUUCUUUUAGUCCUUAUGUCAUUUCGUAGUGAUGCAACUAGGAUGAAAAGUAUUGAAUUCAAAGUUCCUCUGCAAUUUUCUUUUAUCCAUGAAAACCCAAUGAAUUUUGCAUAUCAGGGUAGCUACCGGUCUGAAUAAUUUGAAAGAAGCUGUAAAAUGGUUUUUUCCUAAACCAGUGGUUGCUGUAAACAAUUGAGUGUGCGGCCCAAUGGGUGUUUAUUUGUAUCUGAUUUCUCUGUGUCAAGGAGCUUGAGAACAACCCUUUGCUUAAAACAGUUUUCACUAAAAUCUUGUCAUGUGAUAUUAAUAUAAGGUUUUAAAUUCCCUUAAUUUAUUUUAAUUUUCUUCUUUGUCUCCUAUGCCCUUUCAUCUUGUCAUUUAAUAGAAAAAAAAAAAGCAUUUCAACUUUAAUGAGAGGUGUGUUUUGAAGAAGGAAAGAAGAGGCAGUGCCAGAUAAAUGCGGAAAUCAAGCUUGCAAUCCAUCUCUAUCAAAUUAUUUCUGUUUAAAUUUUAAGAACGUUGGAUUGUUUGAAUCAGUCUAGUGAUAAUUGGAGUUUGUAAGGUUAUCUUCUCUUUUCCUUCUCAUCUUGUUGUAGGAAAUUCUAAUUUUAAGUUUGGAAGUGUGAAGAAGUUAGUGCGUUGGUAGUUCAGGUGACUUAAUUUUGCCUUUGUACAUAGGAUCUAAGUCGGUAUUCUCACAUAUAUGUACACAAACUGUAUUCAUGUAUGUCAGUACAAUAUACUUCUAACUAAUCAUUUGAAUCAAUUUAAAUGCAAAGUCAGAACUGUCGGAUUUUAAAUUAUUUGACUAAAACCAUGAUAGCAAACUAAAUGUAAUUUUAUUUCUUGAAGACUACGCUUGUACAGAUUUGAUACAUUGAUCAUAGAAAACACUUUUUAAAAAUUCUUUCCCUUCAACGUUUUCUAAUUUUUCUCGUGCGCCUUGUCAAACGUGCUUGUUCUGAAGAAGUGAAUUGAGGCACCAUGCAAGGUUUUCCAUCUUGCACCUCACAUGGUCGAAGUUCGUUUUUAUUUUUUUAACAUGAGCACCUUAUUAUUGAGAGACUGACCACUUGUAUAUCAUCACUGAAUUGUGAUUUUGUUUUUGUAACUUGUUCUAUGUUUAAGAGCUUUUUUUAAUGUGUUAUCAGAGGUAAGUUUAAGAGGGAUACAAAACAAAAUCCUCGGUGGAAGGGGGGAGGAGGGGCAUGAGACUCGCCCAACAACUGUAACUCAUCUUAACUUCGUCAAAGGCGAACUGUUGGUGUUUUUCUUUUUCUUCUUCACACUGUUUUGUCCUUAGCGUGCAAUCGUUCCUUCCAACUUUUGAAAUCAAAACCAUAUUAACAUAUUAGAUUAAAAUACCUGAUGCAAAGGAAAAUCGGAGAAAUUAACCGAAGUAAAUUCACACAGACCACUAGAUCAAACAUGCAACUUUCUAAUUUGCAUGGGAAGGUGCUUGAUUUUUUUUUGUCCCGACAUUUUCAUGCCCAGAAUAGAACAUGAAUUGCAGGGUAACCGUUCACCUUAAAUUCAAAAUUGUUGAAAGCAAUUUUUUCCUGAGACACCAUUCAUUUUUCCCUCCUUGCUUUUAGUGUUUGUUGACUAGUCACUGUCUGGGAACUACCUAAGUGGAUUGAGACUGCUAUCUCCUUUGUGAUAAUGCUGUAUUUACUUAAAUUUCAAGGUUAAGUAGCUUUUUUCUCUCUUUAUGGACUUCAUUCCAGGCAAAAGCAUCUUCAUUCUACUUCUGGCGUUUAGAAAUUUAAGUUUCCGACCUCCCUCUUUCUUCCACUUUCUCUACCCAUCCUCUCUUUCAAGUUUUCAGAAGACUGAUCAGAACUUUAAGCGUAGGUAUUGAAAUUAUAAGCAUACUAGGUGAAAGUCUCUAAUAUUGUUUCUCAUCUCCCUUCUGAAAUGGCUCAUAUAUAAGUACGCACUAUUUUUUAUAGUGCGUUUAGAGGUUAAACCUCGUAGCUCCGGGGAAAACAUCAGUUAAGGAGAUAUUAAGUCUCAUCUAUGGAUCACUAUCCUUUUUUUUGUGGUUGCAUUUAACCAACUUUAAUUUCAAAUCAAUUAUAAAUCGAAAUCUAUGUUUCUCAUACUGUGCUGCAACCGUAAGAAUGACUUUACUUUUUACUCUGCUUUCUGAUAGUUUCUCUGGAUCAUGGGGAAGACCCAGUUUGAGUAGGCCUAUCUCGAGUUGUAGUAGGACCCUUAAAAAACUGUGUAUUUCUUACGGGACAUGAGAAGGGUCUUCUGUCUGCAUCGUAAGUUUUAAACUGAAAAAAGUAUUGUAAUAUCUCAAAGAGAAACAAAAUGUAAAGCGAUUCAAGUGAGUCAGAACUGGUGUAAAUGAUAAAUUAAAAUUGUUGAUGUGCGGUCUGAAAGGGUUAAUGUAAUAUUGUACGUAUGAUGUAUAUAUUAGAUACUGUUUCGUUCCCUUUGUAUAAUUUUAAUGUUCAAUUUGUACUUUUUUUAAAUGAUUAUUUUUUUUCCCUCUUUUUUUUGUGUUAAUAUUUAUGUUUUGAGAACAUGAGUUUAAUUUUGUUGUUGUACAGGAAAUAAUUUUUCAAAUGAAACUGAAGACAGAUAUAAAUUAUUAAACAUUUGGCAUUCAGGAUUUGAAUUUUUUGUUAGUUUUGAAUGAAGUGUACAUAUUACGAUAGAAUUGUUUAAGGCAAAUAUUUUAGUGUAUUAUCUUUCCUUUUAUGUUCUUUGAAUAAAUUAUGACCUCAUUA